GAGAUCGCGAAAACGAAAGCGAAAGGCGAGAGCGGACACGGGGAGCCCGGUCGCACGGACGGAGUAGGGGCAGCGGUCCCGGCAGGCAGGGCAGGGCUCUCCGCGGGACCGGGGCUCCGGGCUGUGCUGCCGCCAGCGCCGCGGGGAUGGAUUCGGAGGAGGAAUCCUUCGUCCGGCUGCAGGAGGACAGCCUGAAGAGCCCCGAGCAGCUCCGGCAGGAGAUCGAGCGAUGCAAGGAACUUUACAGUGCUCUGGAGCAAGACUCUGCAAAGCUACAAAAGGCCAAGGAAGAUGCACAGCAAAAGACGCAACAGCUGAAGAAAGAAGGAGAACUUCUUAAAAUUUUAGAGCAACAACUGCCUUUAAAUGGAGAUGAAGAAAGAGCCCACCAGAUUUUUGCAAUAAAGGAGGAGAACAAUAGACUGAGGCAGGAGAAGCAGGCUCUGAAAAAUAAACUGGAAGAAUUGAAGAAGAGGGCCCACUGGAAUGAUCCUGUGAUGAUACUGUCUGCCUUGCCAGAAAAGAAAAUGAUCUUUAAGGGACUCACAGCAAACAAGGAGGACAUGAACAAGCUGAUGCUCACCCCACUGAUCCACUGCCCUCUGCCAGGGGGCUCAGCUCUCAUCACCUUUGAGGAGGCAGAGGUGGCCCAGAGGAUCAUAGAGAUGAAGGAGCACACGGUGGAGCUGAGCUGUGGGGAGCUGGAGGAGCUCGACCAGUGCAGAGUGCGAGUGCAGGCAGUGCCAAUGGACAUCCUGCUGCCAUCUGCCCUGGAGAUCAGGCUGACUCAGAGCAGCAGAAGCAUCCUUGUGUCUGACUUGCCCAGGCUGGACAUCUCCAAGGAGGCACUGCUGGACAAGCUGGAGCUCUUCUUCAGCAAGACAAAGAAUGGGGGCAGUGAGGUGGAGAGCAGGGAGUUCUUGGAGGACUCUUACCAGGUGGUGCUGACCUUCACACAGUAUGGAGUGGCAGAGCCGCUCAUUGAAAAAGGAUAUAUCCAGGUGCCAAUUGGGAAAGAGAAAUACAAAAUCAGAAUAUCACCAUGCAUGACUGGAGACAUCUCUAACCUGCAGCUCCAGCCCUCCCGCUGCCCCAGGACCGUCCUGCUCCUGGGCAUCCCCGAUGUGCUGAGCGUGGACUCCAUGAGAGACGCCCUGGAGAUCCACUUCCAGAAGGCCAGCCGCGGCGGCGGCGAGGUGGAUGCGCUCGCCUACGUCCCAGCGGGACGGACAGCGAUGGCCGUGUUCGUGGAGGACACCGACGAGUCCUGGCCAGCUGUGGGCUAGUCCUGGCCGGCCCCGUCAGCCCGAGGAGCUCCGUGCGUCCGUUGACCCGCACGGGGGAAAUAAAAGUGUCUGUUGGGAGCA